UUUUUUUUUUAUAUAUACACAUAUCGUUUUUAUUAUUUAUCCCUCCCCCUUCUUUUUUUUUUAUAUUAUUGUUUGUUAAUAAAUAAAUGGUCGAAGCUAGCAUUCCUUUAUUUUAUACACUUGAAGAAAAGGACUAUACUGCGCCAUAUUACAGCAUAAGAACUGAUUAUAAAAAACACCAUUCACUUCAUACACCUAUUGUCAUUGAUAAUGGAUCUAACCAAUGUAGAGCUGGUUGGGCAUCAGAUAAAAACCCUGCGUUGAUUUUUGACAAUAUUGUAUCGAAAUAUAGAGACAGACGUUUAAAUGAAAGUGUACUCGCUGUAGGUAUGGAUGCAUUAGCAGAUCCAGCAGCUAAAUCAAAUGCUCGUUCACCUUUUGAUAACAAUGUUGUUUGUGAUUUUGAGAAAAUGGAAAAUAUUCUUGACUAUAUAUUUAUUAUUCUUGGUAUAAAUACUUUGACUAUUGAUCAUCCAAUCCUAAUGACAGAAGCACCCUGUGUACCACAAUAUAGUCGUAGUCGGAUGACUGAAUUAUUAUUUGAAAACUAUAGUGUACCAUCUAUAGGUUAUGGUAUAGACUCACUUUUCAGUUAUUAUGCCAACGAAGGAAUGAAUGAAAAGGGAAGCAUUAUUGUGUCUUGUGGUAAUAAUACAACACACAUUAUCCCUACUCUAAAUGGAAAAGGACUCUUAUCCAAAACGAAACGAAUUAAUUAUGGUGGAACACAGUCGUCUGAUUAUAUGUUGAAACUAAUGCAGCUCAAGUAUCCUACUUUUCCAACGAAAAUGACAGGAUCACAAGCCCAAACAUUGGUUCAUCAGCAUGCUUAUGUGGCAAGUGACUAUCAAGCCGCAUUAAAACAAUUGGAAAAUCGAGAUAAGUUUGAUGAAAUGGAUCGUAUCAUUCAAUUCCCUUAUACAGCUCCCGUCAUAGAAGAAAAGACAAUAGAAGAAUUAGCAAGACAAGCUGCAAAACGCGAGGAAAAUGCUAAAAGAUUACGUGAAGCAGCUGCAAGAUCACGACUAGAAAAGUUAGUAGCUCGUGAGCAACAAUUAGAAGUAUUUAUGAAUUUAAAGAAUGCAAAGGGCACUAUUAAGAAAAUAGAAUGGAUUGCACAAUUAAAAGAAGCAGGAUUUAAAGAUGAGGCAGAUUUAGAUGACACAAUUAAACAAUUAGAAAAAGCAAUUCAACGUGCUCGUAAUAAGGAAUUAGGAAUUGAAGAAGUAGAAGAAAAGGAACCCCCAGUAACAGAUUUAAUUGAUAUUCCUGAUGAAGAACUUGAUGACACUCUUAAAAAAGAAAAGCGUAAACAAAAGUUGAUGAAAGCUAAUUAUGAUGCCCGUCAACGAGCUAAGAAAGCCAAAGAAGAGAUACGUCGACAAGAAGAGGAAUUGGCUCGUCAAGAGGAACAAAAACGAUUGGAUGAUCCUGAAGGAUGGCUUUCAGAAAUUAAAGAAAAAAGACAGAAAGUGAUUGAUCGUAUCAAGCAACGUAAGCGUUUAGCGUCUGAAUUAGCAGAUCGUCGAUCACGUGCUUCACAACUUCGAAUGAAAUCAAUUGCCAAUCUUGCCAGUGAUACCAAUAAUGGUCCUGCAUCUAAGCGUAGAAGAAAAGGGACUGAUGAAGAUACAUUUGGUCAAGAUGAUGACGAUUGGGCUAUUUAUCGUGAAAUUAGCCGUGAUGAUGAGUCAGAUGAAGAAGAAGAGGAUAUGUCAGAGUUAAAUCAGUAUGAAUCUUUAUUAUUGCAAUAUGACCCUGAAUUCUUACCUGAGCAUUCUUAUGAAAAUAUGUCAUCACCCACAAAUACAUUAAUGCAUCUUUUAGCUCAUGGAGUGUAUCCUCCAUAUGAUCCUACAGACAUGGGACAAAGCUAUCAACUUCAUGUUAAUAUUGAACGAGUUCGAGUCCCUGAAGUUAUAUUUCAACCUAGUAUUAUUGGUCUAGAUCAAGCAGGAUUAGUUGAGACUGUCUAUGAUAUAGUGAAAACGUUUCAAGGAAAUGAAAGGGAGAAUGUAAUGAAGAAUAUUUUCCUUACAGGUGGUUUUAGUCAACUGCCUGGCUUAACACAUAGAUUACAUACAUCACUUCAAUCUAUUUAUCCAGUAGAGACAAAGAUUAAAAUAAAACGUGCAAAGGAUCCUGUCUUGGACGCAUGGAAAGGUGCUGCCAUGUUUGCUAGAGAUGAGUCGAAUAAAGACUAUUUUAUAACAAAACAAGAAUAUGAAGAAUAUGGAUCUGAUUAUAUAAAAGAACAUGGCUUAGGCAAUGUCAUUCAAAAAUAAUAUGCAUACAAAUAAAAUAACAACAACAUAAAUAAAGGUUUAUAAUAUUACAAAAAAAAAAAAAAAAAAAAGACAAAAAAAAAAGAAAAAAAAAGAAAA